CUGUGGUGCAUAAGAGCAGGGAGACCGAGGUGCGACGUGGAAAGGCAGAAUGGCACUUAAUGUGUCUUGUAAGCGGACAUAUGAAAUCCACAGACGCCAUGAGAGCAGACUGUCAGAUUUCAGGAGGACAUAACACUAAAAUGCAGCACAUCGUCAAAUUGAAUCACCACUUGUGUUAGGAAAAUAAAGAAAAGAAGAAGUCGUCGCCAUGGACGAGGGGUUGGCUAUUACUUUCAUAUCGGUUGCGAUGUUUGUAGGUUGUUUUUUACUUGGAUUCAUCCCACUGCUGUUCAGACUUUCAGAGAAAAGCCUGCAGUUUGUCUCCAUCCUGGGGGCAGGACUCCUGUGUGGGACAGCACUGGCCAUCACCAUCCCAGAGGGAGUGGGUUUACUGGAGGAGUCAUGGAGAGCAUCCUCCACCUCUGAUGUGCCAGCCGGUCUGAACGGCAGUGAGAAAAACCCAACUUCCACAGAGGGAGGCCUUCCAUCUCGCUUCUUCAUCGGCGUGGCUUUAACCUUCGGGUUCACCUUCAUGUUCGUGGUGGAUCAGAUUGGAAAUUACAUUUCCAUGCAUGACCAAAGGACUCGUUUGUCUAACAACGUCGGCAUCACAGCCACUUUGGGGCUAGUUAUUCAUGCUGCAGCUGAUGGAUUUGCUCUGGGUGCUGCUGUGGCCACAGGUCAAGUGACAGUGCAGGUCAUAGUGUUUUUUGCUGUGAUUCUACACAAGGCGCCUGCAGCUUUUGGUUUGGUCUCCUUUCUGAUGCACUCCGGACUUGAAAGGAAGUACAUUCAGGGACAUUUACUGGCCUUUUCAGCUGCAUCGCCUAUUGUUGCCAUCACCUCUUACUUCAUAUUACAUGCAUCUGGCAGUUCAUCUCAGAACCAGCUUAGUGCGACAGGUGUGGGAAUGCUCUUCUCAGCUGGGACUUUCCUGUAUGUGGCCACAGUGCAUGUUCUUCCAGAGAUAAGCAGCAGCAGAACAGGCCAACCCUCCCCUGACUUCCAGCAGCAGCACACGGGAGCUGAGACCCACCAGCAUCGCUACCUGGGGCUCCUGGAAAGCCUCACUCUCAUACUCGGAGUCGGACUCCCGAUGGUGCUGGCUCUUGGGCUGCGUGACGACUGAGAAGGGAAUGUCAGGGAAGUUAAGUUUAGUGCAAAGAACACGGUGCCACCACGCCUCAAAGGAAAACUGUGAGCACCUUUCUCAAACUACCUGUACGGCACAUUAAUGGAGUACACUAAAUCUGCCUUGGAAGAGAGUUUACCUUGGUGUGUUCUGAUCUCAGUGAAACUCCCCUUUGAGUCCAACUAUUGUUUGUGUAUCAAAAGAGCUGUUCGUUGGUACAAAGAAUCUGAUAGCAAAUAUAUUGUCCACAGUGGACUCGGCUUCCAUUCCAAGAAGACAAACAGGGUAACAUUUGUUGCCAAGGCUCUCUGAGGACAUGGCAUGAUCAGUGGUGAAUGGAUAGAUUUACAGGAACAACCAAAUAAUUUGAUACUGUCUGACACCCAAACAAUAAGAGAUAUAGGUCAUGCAUUUUUAUUACUUCUCAGUUUAUUUGUAUAGUCAGAAGCUUGAAAACAGGUCCAGACUUUCAGUUUAUUAAUGUGCAAUAGUACAAUUUUACCAAGACAAAGGAUGUGAAGUUUUUUUUUUUGUGUGGUUGCAUAAUUUGUUUUAUAGCUUUGAAGGUGAUAGUUUUUAUCAGCACAAAUGACAAAGCCUCUUGGAUAUGUGGUGGAACAUCUGUAAGAAUAUGUAGCCAAGUCUAGCAGCUCUUUACAUCUGUUAGAUGAUAUGUGAGUCAGGCAGAAACAGGUGGCUGACAGUAGGUACUCUGCACAACUCGGGUUAUGCAGUGGGCACUUCCAUGUCUCACUGAAUUUAUACCUAUGUCACUUCAGGAACUAGGGUUAUUGAAUUUUUUAUGAUUACGAAGGCAGAAGUUUUUAUGAAAUAAAGACAUGUCUGCUUGUG